AUGAAAUCUUUUUUCGUCUUCAUAUUGUACGUGGCAGCGGCUGUCACCUUUCCCGCCGAAAAGGAUGCCGUUGUACUCCAAUACGACAGUGAGAAUAGCGGAAUUGAUGGAUACAAAUACACGUAUGAGACUUCCAAUGGUAUCGUGAGUCAGGAGGAAGGUCAUCUGAGGAAUAUUGGCACCGACGAUGAGGUUCUGGACGUGCGUGGAUCUUUCCAAUACCCCGGUGUCAACGGCAAGCUAUACUUGGUUACAUACGAGGCCAAUGAAAAUGGUUUCCAAGCCUUUGGUACCCACCUCCCACGAUCGCAAUAA